GUGGCUAAGUUCUUAUUGAUGCUUAUGUAAUUGCUAUGUUUUUAUACUGCAAGCUUUGGCUUCUAGUAAAAUCAGCCAUAUUUGCAGCCUGCGCCGUUCUAUAAAAGGAGGGAAAAAUCACGCAGCUUGCCUCAUGGUUUUGUUGACUCUGUGCCAGGAAAUAUGGAACAGUCCCUAUUCAAAUGAUAGCUUCCCUGUUUAUGCCGAGGACAUUGAUGGAGGUUCAUCUCCUUCAACCGCUAUGUUAUCCGAAGUCGCUAAGGCCUUGAAGGUUACCAUAGUGGGCAGUUCAAACCCAGAAAGAUGUGGUGAUCGAUUGUACAACGCUUGUUGUGUUUUUGGUUCCAUUGGAGUGCUGAAAGCCAAGCACCGCAAGACGUUGGACGUAUUGGUAUAGGCAUCUGUUAUGAUAUUCGGUUUCAGGAAUUGGCAAUGAUUUAUGCUGCAAGAGGUAGGUUUCGUUUCCUCUUUGUCUAUUUUGCAUUUCCUACAAUGUUGACUGCAUACUGGUGCUGGGGUUGCCGCUGGCCCAGUCUAUGCAGUUCGAAAGUAAGAAGAUUUCUGACAGUAAACAUGUAUGUCUUAAGUGGUGGACCUUUGGAUUGUUUUCCUUUGAUUUAUUUUCGUUUUAUCCCUUCCAAUGAUUUUUAAGUUGAA